GUAUUUUUGAAGUCAGGAAGGAUCCGACCAAUUUCUUUCCUUGAUGUCCGUACUAUCCUCCCCGCUUUCCCCACUCUCUUUAGCGCGGAUUCAUCCUCCUUGGCGGACAUCCAACAUCAUGAUCUAUAUAAACAUCCUAUAAACCUCCCAUCCUCGCUCCUUUCUGACAUCAAUCUCUUUCUCAAUCUAAACACCACCAUCCUUCUUCAACUUGUCGGAUAAUCUCUCACUUUUCAGAACAUGGGUUCAGCAACAACCUCAACCUUGCCUCCGGAUUUUCUCUGGGGUUUCGCGACUGCCAGCUAUCAAAUUGAAGGCGCCGUAACCGAAGACGGCCGUGGUCCAUCCAUCUGGGACACAUUCUGCAAGAUCCCGGGCAGGAUAGCCGGAGGCGCCAACGGAGAUAUAGCAUGCGACUCCUACCACCGCACAGCCGAGGACAUCGCACUGCUAAAAGAAUGCGGAGCUCAAGCCUACCGCUUUUCAAUCUCAUGUCUAAACCAUCCAUCCUCCAGGUCGCGCAUCAUCCCCCUGGGAGGGCGCAACGACCCCAUCAACGAAAAGGGAGUGCAGCACUACGUCAGAUUUGUCGACGAUCUCCUAGCAGCGGGGAUCACACCUCUUGUGACACUCUUCCAUUGGGAUCUCCCCGAUGAACUCGACAAGCGGUACGGUGGACUCCUGAACAAGGAGGAGUUCGUAGCGGAUUUCGCACACUACGCUCGAGUCAUGUUCCAGGCCCUUGGCUCAAAAGUCAAGCAUUGGAUUACCUUCAAUGAGCCGUGGUGUAGUAGUGUUCUUGGGUAUAAUGUCGGGCAAUUUGCUCCGGGUCGGACGAGUGAUCGGAGUAAGAGCGCCGAGGGGGAUAGCUCGAGGGAGUGCUGGAUCGUAGGACAUAAUAUCCUUGUGGCUCAUGGGGCUGCGGUGAAGAUCUAUCGGGAGGAGUUUAAGAGUAGAGAUGGUGGGGAGAUAGGUAUUACGCUUAACGGUAUGUAUAGAUGUUUGGACACUUCUUCUCAAUUACUUCUCUUUAACUUUUCAUAUAUAGGAGAUUGGGCCGAGCCCUGGGACCCCGAGAAUCCAGCGGACGUCGAAGCCUGCGACCGCAAGAUCGAAUUCGCCAUCUCAUGGUUCGCCGACCCCAUCUAUCACGGAAAGUAUCCAGACAGCAUGGUUAAGCAGCUCGGGGACCGACUCCCAAGCUGGACCGCAGAAGACAUCGCUCUCGUCCACGGCAGCAAUGAUUUCUACGGCAUGAACCACUACUGCGCUAACUACAUCAAAGCCAAAACCGGUGAGGCGGAUCCCGACGAUACCGCUGGAAAUCUGGAGAUCCUGCUUAAGAACAAGAAGGGCGAGUUCAUCGGCCCAGAAACACAGUCUGCAUGGCUGAGACCGUAUGCACUUGGAUUCCGGAAGCUGUUGAAAUGGCUGAGUGAUCGGUAUGGUCAGCCUAAGAUCUAUGUUACGGAGAAUGGGACGAGCUUGAAGGGCGAGAAUGACUUGCCGGUGGAGGAGCUGCUGAAGGAUGAGUUCCGGACGCAGUAUUUCCGUGAUUAUAUUGCUGCUAUGGCGGAUGCCUAUACGUUGGAUGGGGUGAAUGUGCGGGCUUAUAUGGCUUGGAGUUUGAUGGAUAACUUCGAAUGGGCUGAAGGUUACGAGACCCGGUUUGGGUCGACCUACGUCGACUAUGAGCAUGGCCAGAAGAGGAUUCCGAAGGACAGUGCGAAACAGAUCGGCCAGAUAUUCAGCCAGUAUAUCGAGAAGACAGCAUAAGUGGCUCGUUGCGGAGUGCAUCGAUUGUUAUUCAUGCUAUUCAUGGGUACAGCUAAGGGAAUGACAAUUCACAGCCGUUAUGUCGUAAAAUGUUGACUGAAUAGGACACUAUUUAACUCUCUACCCGAAUAAGCGUAGUUGAAUAGGAUACUUUGCGGGUUUCAGGGUGAGACCAACUCUUACGUGGGGGUCUACAGCUCUACACACCCCGCGGGGUUUAGGUCCUGAGGACCCUUUCAGAUCAAAAAGGCCCACUCACCUUUAAAUCGAGGGUCGGGUCUCCUGUCAUCAACACGAUGGGACCGCUGCAACAAUGGAUGACUUUAAAGGCUAUAAGGGGGGCAAUGCAGAGCGAAGCGUAAU